AUGCUCUCCAAAGCAUGUGGCAUUUUUGGCCUUUCUCUUGCUCUGGCUGCCCUGGCUCAGGGAAUUGCAGUUCCUGUCAACACUGAGGAGUUGUUCGGAAAAAGCCCGGUAGACCAUCUCAGCCCUACUCUCCCUAAGGAUCCUGCUCUGGGUCUUGUGUGUGUGAAUAAUACAGGUUGCUACUGGGGCCAUAUCUGCGUCGAAGGCGCGUGUAUCAAGGCUUGCAAUGUUGACAUGGACUGCCAUCACACACAGCGCUGCAACCAUACCAAGGGCAAUGGCAAGACUGGCAAGUGUUGGUGGAAGUACAAUUCUCUUCAUAAAGGCCAGGAGUGCCGAGCAUUUGGUGACAAAUGCUGGCAAAAUAAGCAAUGCUGCUCGGGCACUUGCGAUAAGUGGGUUGGUCAUUGCAAGAAACAGAGGAUGCGUUUGCAAUCUGACUUCAACUCUACUGAGCCUAUGGGUGAUGAUGAUUCUACUAGCUAG